AUGGCUAGAUGGGAUGAAAUUCUCUCCCUGCCAGUGCAGAGCCCUCCAACCUUGGAGUUUGGUGCUACCGACCUCGUGUGGUCACGUGUCGAAGGCUGGCGUGACAACAUAGACAGGCUAGCCUUAAUCCCUUUCGCCAGGGUGGACGAUUUUGUCAGGGGCGAAUCAAACAACAAAGAAUGCCCCACAAGAUUCCAUGUUGAGGCAAGGCGAAGGCGCCCUCCGAAGAUGCCCUUCAAACCCAAAGUCGACGGCAUACUUGAAUAUAUCCUGUACUGGUGUUCCUUUGGCCCGGAUGACCACAGAAAAGGAGGCAUCGUACGUCCCAGCCGGACGACCUACGUGCCAAAAAAGAAGCCCGCGGGCCGGCCCAACACGAAGAGGGGCUGCACGUGCCACUUCAUCGUGAAGCGCCUGAUUGCGGACCCCUCAGUGGCCCUCGUCAUAUACAAUCAGGACAAGCACGUGGACAAAAGGGGGCUGCCAUGCCAUGGGCCCCUUGACGAGGAAGCCGCUGGGACCCGCGCCAUGUAUGCCCCCUACAUCUCGGAGGAGCUGCGCCUUCGUGUACUGUCCCUUCUCCACGUGGGGGUCUCGGUCGAGACCAUCAUGCAGAGGCACAACGAGUCGGUCGAAAAGCAGGGGGGCCCGUGCAAUAGGGACGACCUAUUGACACACAGAUAUGUCCGUAGGCAGGAGAGAAGCAUAAGACGGUCUUCGUAUGAGCUGGAUGAAGAUGAUGAGGUCAGCAUUGGCUUAUGGGUCGAGACCCACAGGAGCAGCGUUUUCUUUUACGAGGAUUUUUCUGGCUCGGACCCUUUUACCCUCGGCAUUCAGACCGAGUGGCAGUUGCAGCAGAUGAUUCGGUUCGGAAACUGCCGCCUUUUGGUUUGUGACUCGAGAUUCGGUUCUAAUAAGUUGAAGUAUCCUGUUUAUAGCCUUGUUGUGUUCAAUUCGGACAACAAGGCUAUCCCGGUGGCUUGGGUAAUUACGCCUAGGUUUGCAAGCAGAGAUACGCACAGGUGGAUGCGGGCCCUCUACAAUAGAGUUCGUGCAAAGGACCCAACUUGGAAAUUGGCCGGGUUUGUUGUGGAUGAGCCUUCAGCUGAUAUCCUGGCUAUCAGGGAAGUCUUUGAGUGCUCAGUACUGAUAUGCUUUUGGAGAGUUCGUCAUUCGUGGCAUAAGAAUUUGAUGAAGAGAGUCUCAGAUACCGAUAAACGUGUUGAGAUAGCCAAAAAACUCGGUGAUGCUGUCCAGAAAACAUGUAAAGGAGCUGGCACGGCCAACGCGUUCGAAAAUUUCAUUGUGGAAUCUGUAGAUGCUGCAGCGUUCAUGGACUACUUCAAGGCAAUUUGGUACCCGAGGAUAGGUAUGUGGACACGAGCUCUCAAAACUCUUCCCUUUGCCAGCCAAGAAACCUGUGGUGCCAUGGAGUUUUAUCACAAGCAGCUCAAGAUUCGGCUCACGAACGAAAAAGACAAAAGCGUGUACAGACGUGCGGAUUGGCUCGUGAACAAGCUAUUCAACAAAGUUCACUCUUAUUUCUGGCUCGACGAGUACUCACAGAAAGAGGAUUACGAACGGUAUAGGAAAGACGAGUGGAUGAGCGGCCCCACUGCCUGGCGUAAGUCGUUGACAAUCCCAGAUUCUUGUGUAACAAUGGAGAACACAUACGCUAAAGUUAUUACGGAGCUGGACAAGGAAAAAACGGUGCAUUUAGUUCGAAACCCUGGUUCGGAGUACGCGAUCUGCGACUGUGAGUGGGCCGAAAACGGGAAUUUGUGCGAGCACGUUUUUAAAGUGAUCAAAUUUUGUCGUGAAAAUCGAUUAAGUACCCCAUCACUGAGUAUGUUCCAGUAUGGUCAGUCCUUGAUUAAUAUGCUGCACUCACAUCCGUGCGAUUCUUUAGUUCGUGAUCAUGCGGUUACUUUAGCCGUCUGGGUACAGUCGCAAUUGAAAAGGCCAAUUGGUCGAGAAAACGGAAAUGCUUCGGGGGAUGAAGCUUACGAGCCAUCUGUUGAUAAUCAGUUAAUUAUUGCUAAACGUAGGCGUGCAGACUGUGAAGAAGCAGAGGAUAAUAAUGAUCACAGCCCGAAUCGUGAUCGGGCGGGUGGGGACCGGGUUGAGAUUCCCGGGCCUGACGUGGAAGUUGACUCAUCAUCGACAAACGAGAAUCUUUCAGCUACAGACGGUCAGUUGAAGAAUCAGGAAAAGGGGGAAUGUGAAACCGACGGUGGUAAAACUUGA